AUACUAAAUUAUAGAAUGGAAAGUGGGUUCAGUGCAGAAGAUCUAUCAAAGAUUGGAGGUAUUGCCACCGUGUCAUUGCUGCAUUCUUUCAUUCCAACUCAUUGGUUGCCAUUUUCAAUUGUGGGUCGUGCUCAGAAAUGGACUCUUUCUAGAACCCUUUUUGUCACUGCAUUCGGAGCAGUAUUGCACGUCUUAUCCACUUCACUUCUUGGCAUAACGGCAAUAACAAUUACAAACACAAUUGCUGGGGAGGAGACAGUGCACAAACUGUCUUCCCUACUGCUCGUAUUUCUUGGUGGUAGUUAUGUCAUCUUGCAUCUCACUGGAAAGGGUGGUCACAUCCAUUCACACAAUCAACCCAUGGAGAAAAUGGCUGUGGCAGGGCUUAUCCUUGUUCCUGCAUUGUCGCCUGGUGCCACUACUCUGCCUGUGUUUCUUGCUGUUGGAAAUUCGUCCUCCAUGAUGGUGCUUGCCAUCAUAGUUUUGCUAUUCAGCACUAUUACUGUAAUGACCUCACUGGUGGCUCUAUCAUUUUAUGGUGCAAGCAAACUCAAGCUUCACUGGGUGGAACGCUACGAUAAGCUCCGCGUUGGUUCAGUACUGUGUUUGGUGGGUGUUUUAAUCCUUAUUUUUCACGAUCACGAUGGAGAAAUCGGUUCCUCAGGAGUCCAUGUUCACAGAAAACUAAGUGCUCUAUAAGAGGUAUCCUUCAAUCAGCUAAUCUGUCAAGUAUACUUCGUUUUUUCGCUCAUUGUGCAAUAGUGAGUGUUCAAGUUUAUUGUCUUUUGGUUUGCCAUUUCCCAUUUCGCCAAGUGUACUAUAGGUGGUCUGGCAUGGUCAAGGCAGCAUGGGAUUUAGGGCAGUUAAUUUUAGUUUAGAUUUAUGUUAAAAUUUUACUUCAAAAAUAGCAUCUUCAAGGUGAUGUGUACAUGAAAGUUCCCUUUGAACCCUUUUCUCUGUAAAUUUUAAGUGUACAAUAAUAGUCGAGGCAAUAAACUGUUCUCGUCUUGGGUUGUGUUAGAUCCAACGUUCAUUUUCUUUACAGUAAAGACAGAAGAAAAUACGGACUAAUGAGAUCUUGCUCGUGUUUCUAGUAUUGAAUUUGGAGAUUGAGGGAGAUGAACAUCAGGCCACUGAGUGAGAAAUUGAAAUUAUUUGCAGAUAAAUCACCAAAACUUGCAGUCAAAGUCCCAUAGAGACUACUAGACGUGUCGAGAUGGAUGAGAUCUUUUUCUCCUUAAUC